AUGACGGCCGGCUCCAAGCUGGGCGACGACGAGCUGUACCAGCUGUACUGCCUGCUGCGCCUGCUGCGCCUGCUGCGCGCGCUGCCCCAGGCCGACAGCCUGUCCGACACGGAGCGCAGCUGCGUGGCGCGGGCGCUGGAGCUGGAGCUGGACCUUAAGCAGGCCUGCGAGCAGGCCAACAACCUGGAGGGCUGGCGCGGCUCGGUGAAGGACGGCCUGCGGGAGCGGUUUGAGGAGUCUGCUGUGGUGGAGGCGCAGGGGGGCAGCCCGCGCAGGGGCAAGCACUGCGCCUUCUGCCGACACAAAAGGAGGAAGAAGAUCUCGAUGCACACGCUGCACUUCAAAGGCCUGCGCAGCCAGGUGGCGUGGCUGGAGCCGGAGCUGGCGGAUCGAGGACCGCUGGUGGAGGAGGGCCAGCCUGGGCAUCAGCUGAUGCCUAACGUGUAUGAGCAGGCAAGCGGGUGGCGGGCUAACAGGCACGGCGACAAGUCGCAGGAGAAUGCUCGGGUGGUGAGGGCGAUGCAGGGUGUGAUGUAUGCCGCCGUCACGCCGCUGACGGAAGAGGAGCAGGCGUGGGGCGUGGAUGCCGAGGAGGAGCUGGCCAGGUUCCGGGCCAGAACGACGCGGCGGCGGUGGCCCCGCGACGGCGGCGGUGGCGCCGGCGGCAGCGGGGACGACACCGGCGGGGACGAUAGCGGCGGCGGCGGCGGCAGCGCGGACAACAGCGGCGGGGAUGACAGCGGCAGAGGGAACGGCGGUGCUGGCGCCGCGAAGGACUCGGGUGGGGCAGGCGGUGGCGGGCAGCGAGCGGCGGCCGCUGUGGCCGCAGCCAUCGCUGCUUACGCCAGCAGCCGCCAGGGCGCAAUGCCUGCGCAGCCACCGCCUCUGCCUGAGCGCUCGCGUCAGCUGCCAUGGCAGCAGCAGCUGGAGCAGCAGCAGGAGCAGCAGCAGCAGGAGCAGGAGCGGCAGCAGGAGGGGCCCUCCCAGUCGCGCCAAUGGCACAGUUCUCAGCAGCAGCAGUCGCAGCAGCCCACGCCGCAGCAGCAGCCUCAGCAGCAGGCGCAGCAGCGGCGGAAGCCUGGGUCUUGCUUCACUUGUGGCUCGGAUGAGCACUGGUACAUGGAGUGCCCGCUGAGGCAUGCGUGCCUCAGGUGCAAGCAGCCCGGGCAUGCCAGCAGCCAGUGCCCACAGAGGUACCCGGGCCACUGCUACAAGUGCGACCAGCCGGGGCACUGGUCCUUUGCCUGCCCUGCCCGCGGAAGUGUACUUCGGGCUGGAAAACUUUAG